AUGUUCUUGCUUGCCGGUGCAGCUCUCUGGGCCCUGAGAAGGCGGUAUGGCUCCCAGCUUGUUGGCAUAGGCCGCCGUCACCUCACGGCAGCCCUGCGAGGGGCUCAGUAUCUACCUCUUCGAGGCUACAGAUUUAUUCUACGGAACCUGAUUCAUCGUACACCCGAAUUGCCUCCUCCGUCGCCCGAGGAUGGCACAGAUCCUUCAUCGUCAAAUACCCCACUGCCUCCUCAGAGCAACACCGAACCUCUCUUUCCCGCUCAAGACAACUUGCUUGAGACCGGCGCAGCACCCCUUUCACUCACUCAAGCCGACUCGUUCGAGGCAGCGUUCGAGGCAGCCGAACCCGAGGACCAUGAAGUCGCACUGCGAUCCGAGGCACCCACGGAUCAGUCGAGCUUCCUAGGGCCAGCCAUGCUCUUGACAUCGGAGCCGCCGCAGACGCAGUUCACCCGUCCUGGACGAAUGUCGAGCCAGAUCCAUGGCCCUCCUACCACCGUUGCAACCCGGGUGCGGCCAGAGCUAUGGAUGACCUUCUUAUGCAUCCUAGUCGGAUUCCUGAUCUACCUUGCCCGUCGGCGAGUGAGAUCGGUGACAGCGGACCACCCGAUCGAACCACCGAGCGUAGAUCCACCAGAGGAGCCGCCACUUCCAGCCGAAAUCCCGCGUGCCAACUUCUGGGACGCGCCGGGAACCUUCACGAACUUCGACCGCGUAUACGGCUUUGCAUUGCAUGAAGCUACGAGCUCGACUCCAGGUGAACAUCCGGUCCCUGUUGAGCACGCGAACGACGUGACCCAGGAAGUCCCCGACACGCCCGCACCACCUCUCGAGAUCCCUGCGCAGCUCCCUGUCCACAACGAGGCUGCAAAUGGCGACGCUGCUCAGACCAUGCCUGAUGCGCCUGGUGACGACGUUUCCCCGGGUCCAACUGCAGUUCCGCAAGUUGCUCCGGCCGCUAGCAUGGUCCCGACCGACCUUUCGACGGUUACCAUGGAGCCCAUUCCGCGAUACCUACGCGUUACUGCAGCGCCGCCCCUCGUCUCGCCAGAUGUCAUUGAUAUGAUGACCAGGCUAGCGCAGGUGGACCGGAGCGCAUACGAGACCGUCCUGGACUUCGCACGCUGGACACUCGCAUUGACCGCACCUGUUGCACCUGGCGGUCUCUUGGGCACUCCGCCAUCGACGCAGAACGUAGCCGCUACGGUUGCCGCCACAGGGGGUAACCAACCUCCAGCAGGGGAUGCCAUCCACAGCGGGGCCGAUUUGUCGUCUACAGCGCCAGUUGCAGAGUCGGCGAGUCCCAGUGUUGAAGUUCAAGACGACUCAGUGGUCGCAGACGCGGUGGCCCCUGUUUCGGCUCCCCUGAACAGUGUAAUUCUCGAGCCGGCGCGGGCGGCACAAUACAACAGAUGGGUCGACUCGGAUGGUCGCCCCAUCGCUGGGCCGUCGCGUUUGGGCUGA